AUGGCGGUCCACAGCAAGAUGUCGUUGCGCCGCUCAGCCGCCGCAGUCGCGCUGGGCGUUGGUGCCAUGGCAACAGUGGGCUUUGUGGCGCCGCAGGCACCCAGCUCCUCUGCGAGCCGCGUGACCGCCAGCGCUUCCAGUGCCUCCUCGAGCGCCCCGAGUGCGACGCCAAACGUCAGCGCACCCGGUGCAGCCGCUGCCGCUGCCGUCGCCGCAGGGGUCAUGUCGCUCGGUGCCGGUGCCCGCGGCCGCCGCAGCACCAAGAAGUCCGUGGUGUCCCUGCGGGCCAGGGGUGGUGAAGAAGACACGCGCGUCUGCAUUCCUUUGGAGGAGCUGCGCAACACGGACGUGGAGAAGGUGGGUGGAAAGAGCGCUUCUUUGGGUGAAAUGAUCUCCCAACUGUCGGAUGUGGGCGUGCCAGUGCCAGGUGGAUUUAGCACUACGGCCUUCGCGUACAAGGAGUUCCUGGACAAAGGUGGAAUCAACGCCUACAUCAACGACCAGCUGUCAGACGAGUCUAUUUACGAGGACGUGGACAAGCUCAUGAAGGCCGGCAAAGCGAUUCGUGACAAGAUCAUGGACACUCCUUUCCAGAAAGACUUUGAAGAGGAACUGAAGGCCCAGUGGCAGCGCGUCUCGGGCGGCGACGAGAAGUUCACCUUCGCGGUGCGCAGCUCAGCGACGGCGGAGGAUCUGCCGGACGCGUCCUUCGCGGGGCAGCAGGAGACCUUUCUGAACGUCAUGGGCUACGAGGAUAUGAAGGAGAAGGUGCACCUUGUGUUUGCCUCCCUCUUCACCGAUCGUGCCAUCUCCUACCGUCACGACAGAGGUUUCGAACAUGAGAAGGUCCAGCUCUGCGCGACCUGCCAAAAGAUGGUGCGCAGCGAGACUGGCUCGGCCGGAGUGAUGUUCUCCCUGGACACGGAGAGCGGCUUCAAAGACGUGGUCUUCGUGACCUCGGCCUAUGGCCUGGGCGAGACCGUGGUGGGUGGCACCGUGAACCCCGAUGAGUGGUACGUCUUCAAGCCGACCUUGGCGGAAGGCAAGAACUCCAUCAUCUCCCGUACCAUGGGUUCCAAGUUGGUCAAGAUGAUCUACAAGGCUGGAGGCGGCUCCGAAACCGUGGACACCAGUGAGGAGGAGCAGAACAGUUGGUCGGCCUCAGAUCAGGAGGUGAAGGAUCUGGCCGAGAUGGCAGUGAAGAUCGAGAAGCACUACGGCCGCCCCAUGGACAUCGAGUGGGCCCGGGAUGGCGACGAUGGCAAGCUCUACAUCGUGCAGGCGCGACCUGAGACGGUGGCCUCACAGAAAAAGGUCGGUGUCAUCGAGGAGUACAAGAUGUUGGAGAAAGGUGGCGAGAAGGUGGCUGAAGGCCGCGCAGUUGGCAAGCGCAUUGGCAGCGGCGAGGUGAACAUCUUGACCAGCAUCGAUCAGAUGGGCGAGUUCGAGCAGGGUCAAGUGCUGGUGGCUGACAUGACGGAUCCAGACUGGGAGCCCAUCAUGAAAAAGGCUGGUGCCAUCAUCACCAACCGCGGUGGCCGUACCUGCCACGCCGCCAUCAUCGCGCGCGAGUUGGGCAUCCCGGCCAUCGUGGGAUGUGGCGAUGCCACCGACAAGGUGAAGAAAGGAGACAAGGUCACUGUGUCAUGCGCAGAGGGUGACACAGGAUUCAUCUACAAGGGUGAGUUGAAGUUCGAGAAGAACGUGCAGGACCUUGGUGAGUUGCCAGAAGUGGGUCUGAAGAUCAUGAUGAACGUGGGCAACCCUGAGACCGCCUUCGCCUUUGGCCAAUUGCCCAAUGAAGGAAUCGGCUUGGCACGCUUGGAGUUCGUGAUCAACAAUGCCAUUGGAGUUCACCCCAAGGCGCUGCUGAACUACGACACCUUGGAUGCCGAGACCAAGGAGCUGGUGGAUGAACGCAUGAAGGGCUACAAAGAUCCUCAGGACUUCUACGUGAAGAAGAUUGCAGAGGGCGUGGCCACCCUGGCAGCUUCGGUGUAUCCCAAGCGCAUCAUCGUGCGAUUGUCCGACUUCAAGUCCAACGAGUACAAGAGCCUGAUUGGUGGCGAGCAGUACGAGCCCGACGAGGAGAAUCCCAUGAUCGGUUUCCGCGGCUGCGGACGGUACACGGAUCCCUUCUUCGAGGAAUGCUUCGCCAUGGAGCUGGAGGCAGUGAAGAUGGUCCGUGGAGAGAUGGGUCUGAAGAAUGUGGAGAUCAUGAUUCCCUUCGUUCGCACCUUGGACAUGGCCAAGGACGUCAAUGAAGUGCUGGAGAAGAAUGGCCUGAAGCGCGGUGAGGAUGGCCUUAAGGUGAACAUGAUGGCAGAGCUGCCCAGCAACGUCUUUUUGGCGGAGGAGUUCCUGGAGUACUUCGACGGCUUCUCCAUUGGUAGCAACGACCUCACUCAGCUCACCUUGGGCUUGGAUAGAGAUUCAGGGCUCGUGGCCCAGUACUUCGAUGAGCGAAACCCUGCAGUGAUGAAGGGCUUGGAGACGUUGAUCAAGGCGGCAAAGGCCAAGGGCAAGUACGUGGGCAUCUGCGGCCAGGGUCCCUCGGAUCAUCCGGACCUGGCGAAGUGGCUCAUGGAGCAGGGCAUCGACUCCGUGUCGCUGAACCCUGACUCGGUCAUUCCCACCUGGCAGUUCUUGGCGAAGAAGUGA